AGGAUCGUACUUACCUGUGUAUUCGACACCUUCUCCGCUUUUAACUCCGUGUGUUGUUCGACAAGCUUCAUCGCUUUUAAAACGAAGUCUCACUGUCAAUUACUCGACAGAACGUGGAAAUAUGUUUGAGUCUCGGAGUGUGCGGAAAUUGAUUUAAUAAUGUGUGUCCAGAAGUCUUAGUUUACAAGGAUAUAGCGACAUUUUGUACUCCGUAUGCUGUUGGUAUAUAGUUGAUAUAUACCUGAGGACACAGUGGGUCACGAGGCGUGACCGAUAUUAAACAGUUUGAGAUAAGUGUACUAAUAACACGACAGAUAUUAUUUAAAUAGUCUAAGGUAUGUGUGUCACACUACUCGCAAGGAGAUAGAUAUCAACAUGAUAAUGAACUAUGAUCAAAGUUGUGCAGUGUGAUCAUCGUGAUGAACCUUGCGGUAAAAUGCGAACUUUAAGCGCUAGACGACAAGUUGUGAAUGGCGGAAACGGAGGAUAAACGUUUAAUCGUCGGAGACAAAGAACCCCGUCAGUUCUUUGUGAUAUGUUUGACGUGUGUUGCCACUAUCGGUGGCUUCCUGUUUGGUUAUGACACCGGUAUCAUUUCCGGUUCCAUGCUUCUCAUACGGGACGUAUAUUCCUUGUCAACACCAUGGCAACAACUGAUAGUCAGCGGCACCAUAGUAACUGCCUCUGUUUUCUCACUGGUAGCGGGGAUUACGUCAGACAUGUUUGGCCGGAAGAUCACAAUUAUGUGGUCAUGUGUGGUGUUCACGCUGGGGGCUGUGGUAAUGGGGGUAUCGCCGGAUAAGGAAGUGUUGUUCGUGGGGAGGUUGGUUGUUGGGAUAGGCAUAGGUGAGUGGUUCGCGUCUAUGUCCGUCCCCGUUUACGUGGCUGAGGCGGCCCCACCAACCAUCCGAGGAGCUCUGGUCACACUCAAUCAGCUCUUCAUCACCAUUGGUAUCCUCGUCUCCAGUAUUAUUGCCGGGGCUUUCAGCACAGACAAAGAAAACGGAUGGAGGUACAUGCUGGGUCUGGCUGGUAUUCCAAGUGUCAUACAGUUUAUAGGAUUUUUCUUCUUGCCGGAGAGUCCUCGUUGGCUGUUGAGCAAAGGGCGCGAUGAAGACGCUAGGAAAUCUCUGAUGAAGAUCAGGGAAACAGUGGACGUGGACACAGAGUUCAACCAGAUCAAGGAAUCGUUGGAGAACGAAAGUUCCCAACAACAAGGAAAUGUCUGUGUGACGUUAGGACUGAUAUUCAAGUCACAGCCUGUCCGUCGAGCCCUCGCCAUAGGCUGUUUACUUCAGUUCUUCCAGCAGCUGUGUGGUAUCAACACCGUCAUAUACUAUAGCGCCAGCAUCCUCCGAAUGGCCGGUUUCCCUUCCCAGCAGGCCAUAUGGCUUGUUUGUGUUCCGAAUGCUGUCAACAUGCUUUGUACAUUUAUUGGAAUCUACCUGGUGGAGAAAUCUGGUCGGAAGAUUUUGACCCUGAUCAGUUUCGUUGGCGUCAUUAUAGCGCUUGUAGUACUGGCAGUGGGGUUCCAGCUGUCUGUUAUCAAUACUCCGGACAUUUUCGUAACAGAAGCAUCAAACGACACUAAAUGUAGUGCGAUCACACAAUGCAAUACUUGUAUCACGGAUAAAGAUUGUGGAUUCUGUUUCGAGAAGGGAAACGUAUCCAGCGGGUCCUGUCUACCCACAAUGGAAAAACAUACUGAGCGGUACGCCAAUCCGGAAUUCAGUACGUUGUUCCGGUGUAACGAGACUAACUACAACAUGGACUCCCCAGAGUACACGUGGGCCGACAACUUCUGUCCAACAGACUACGCAUGGAUGGCAAUUCUGGGUCUUGCACUUUUUGUCAUCGGUUUUGCUCCAGGACUGGGUCCGAUGCCCUGGACCAUCAAUUCCGAGAUCUACCCCACGUGGGCCAGGGGUACAUGUAUUUCCAUAGCCACCGCUGUUAACUGGAUCGCCAAUCUCAUUGUUUCGAUGACAUUCCUCUCGCUCCUGGAGGCCAUCACCACCUACGGGACGUUCUAUCUGUUUGCCGGAAUUUCCCUGGUAGGACUGAUAUCUAUCGGCUGCAUACUUCCGGAAACCAAGAAUAAGACUUUGGAGGAAGUACACGAACUCUUCAUGUCGGAAGAGUAUAAAGCACAGCAUCAUGCACCUCGUCUGUACGCCACAGAUAACUUGGCUUUCGAGGAAAAGAAUUCUAAACUAUAACAGGACUUAGACAAGUGACAUUUCUGCAAGGGCUGGACACAGGAUUGCCUGGUGGGAACAGUGAUCGACAAAUAGUGUGUGGAAAUGUGGAAUAAUGAAUCCCAUUUUCAAAGAGUAUACUUCACACUCCAGAGAAUUCAGUGCAAGGAUUUCAUAACACAGAACAAUAUAAUUCUUCUCCUCAAGAACUGCUGCAGUAACUUUUAAAAGAAAACAUUAAAAUUCUGUGUUAUUCAACUUAAGAGAACGGUAAAUAAUUUGACUUGUAUGAUUUUCAAACGAUCAUACAUAUCAGUAAUACGAACAGAUGAGGGAAAAUUUAACAUUCCUUUAUUUAUUUUUCUUAUUUUAGUAGGGGACCAAAACUUUCUUUCCAAAAUAUCCCUACUACAUGACCGAUCACCGGCUUUUCCCCCUAGUUUUGUUUAAUACGGUUAUAAGAGAUAUUUGAUAGGUGCUUACUUCAAAUGUAAUUGUUAUUGCAAUAACUACCGUGUCAUCGACGGCAUAACACCGAUUACAUGACAGGUCUAAUAACACCUAGUCGAACUGUAACUGGCUGCAGGUUUCCAUUAUUUCAAUCGGGACGUCACGAUGUCAUGGCAUCAUAGACUUCCAAUUUCAUUUCAUUGUGACAUCACAAAGCAAGAAGCAUCAAGAUCAAACAUAUUAAUAAUUCGAAAUUCAAGUUAGUCUGAGAAAAUGUUGUUUUCGUUAAUAUUUUCAACAUAUAUUUGUAAUGUGAUAAACAGAAUCUUAUAUUCGCUUCCAUUUCAUAUGAUAUUUAUUAAUCGAGUCUCAAGAGUUAAUAUUUUUAGGAAGUCACUGGCGAGCUUUAAACAAAAACCAUUACACUUGUUUCUUAUGAAAUGGAAAUUCAUGCAAGAUCCUUCAUAUAUAUUAUUUGCACUUGCAGGUUGAAUUUUCGAGAAGAACUAUAAUAUUUUAGACAAAUCUACAAGUUUGCCUUUGGAAUGCGUAGAGUCAUCCUCGAUAUCCAGGGGUAACGCUCACUUUGAGAGCGAGAGUGAGCGUAACCCCUGGCUAUCGAGGAUGGUGUUGAGUAUGAAGUGUUCACAUGUACUAGUCAUUCUGGUUCAGAUGUCUCACCAAUGAUAGAUAGGUUCAACAUGACUGAGGUUCAUUGCUAACAUACGCCAGUCAUGCAUAUCCAUGUAACGAAAAGUUUACCAUUAAGGCACAUAUUUGUAUUUUUAAACUCUAGCCUCAGUAUAUGUAGUUGUUACCGUGUGUAUAAGGGGUCGGUUGUAAUUUGAAGAUGCAUAGGCCUAUUAUGACAGCUUAUGAUCAAAUAUCUGGUAUCUUCAUAAUAAUUAAAAUUGACUUUAAAACAUUCAAAUUAUCAAAUGAAAUUACAUUUAAUUUAUUUUUGCUUUUAUAUGUAAAUCAUUUAAAGCUUGAAAAACGUAAACACAAAUUAACAAAAUAUUUCACAUUAUCUUUUUUUUUUAGAUAUUGGUCAUGUUUCAAACUUGUCUUUGAACGACAAAACACCAUGCAAACACAUUUUGAAGAUUUCAACAAACGAAAAUAUGUCAAUUUGAAAAUUUAAUUCAAUAAAGUUCUGUGUAUAUGCUGGAUUAGUAGAUAGAAUACUGUUUAAACUAAACUAACUACACGCUAAAACGUUACUAAAAAGCUGAUGUCACAAUACCAUUGUGCUAAAAAUAGUAAGGCCUUAUUAGUUUUUCCCAAAAAUUAAUCAAUUAAAAUGAGCAUUUUCGAGUCAUCUUUUUUUAUUGUGAUCCUUCUGAAUGCCAUAACCAUGUUCUUGUUUUAUUUUAAUUUAAAUCAACUUAAAUUCUAUUUGUCCUUAUUUGCUAUUGAUAUUGUAAUGUUAUUUUAUAUAAAAUUUGUGUUCAUUACCCCAUUCUGUGUAUUAAAAUCACGAAGUUAAAAUGUCA